CGCUAUGCGAACUAGAUUCUUGAAUUUUGUAAUCUUAUUAUUUAGUAUGUUGGCAUGCUAACGGCCUGAAGCAAUAAACAAAUAGUUAACUUUAAUUAAUUAUUGAUCAUUCAAAAAUAUUGAGUCAUUACGAGUGAAAAAUUCGUGGGCACAAAAAAAAUGACAGCGAGAUCAUUUUGGAGUUUACUACUCCGAAGUAUUUAUAACGCGAAUCGCAAUUUGGGUUGAACCUCAAACUUAUAGAGAAAAUAUAUGUGGAAUUUUUUUCGUGCGGAAAGAAUAUCGGAGUGUACCAAGUGUAAAUUCCUACAAGCGAUAAAUAAUUGUUGUGUUAAAGGUUAGAGUAAAAUCCGAUUCAGAACUUUUCGAUAAAUUCCUACUCGAAUAUGUCAAAAAGCAGUUCGUCAAGUACUUCGUCCUUCGAUUCGGACGAGGAAGUCGAUCUACGAGAUUUAAAACCGAUAAAAGGUUAUUUAUCAAAUCGUAGGGAAUUGGCUCGUCAAUUGUUUAAGUCUGUCAAGAGUGACAAAAUUCGUAUGAUGCUGCCACAAAUUUUGAAGAAUGCUAAUUUAAGCGAUUUGGAGGAAUGGUGUGCAGGUGAAUUGUGCGGAAUGUCAGAAGCUCGAAUACUGUGUAUUCUAAAAGGUCAAACGAUGUUGAAUUCUUCAGAAACAAGUGAGACUGAUGAUUCAGGACCCUCGCUGGAAAUAAUUUCUGACACCGAAGAGUGGCUAACGGACACUGAAGUGACGAUAAAAAAAGAGCCUUCUUCGUCAAAUGUCAUUAAAUCGAAGAAGUCAAAACCAACAAAGUCAAAGAGUAAAAUCCAUGGGCAGAAGAAAAAUGAGCCGGAGAAAACUAAAGGAAAGGUGAAACCGAAGGGAAAUAUGGUAACACCCGUCGACUUGGAUGUCAAAGUGAAGAAAGAGAAGGAAAAAGAAAAUCGAACAGGUGCGAAUAAGGAAGGUGAAAGUUUGUUGGAUCUUCUGGAGUUAGAGAUGAGAGCAAGAGCAAUAAGGGCAUUGAUCAGAAAAGAGGAGGACAUAAUACCUUCCGACGGGACAGAAAAACGCAUGGAAAUGGCAACAACAGCACUAAGAAACACAGUGAAUUCAGCGGUGAGCGCUAGUCUCACAAACGACAAAAAUUUGAAUGACAAAUUCAAUCUUGAGGAGAAAAUGGACGACAAUAAGAAUAAAAAGCCGGUUGAAGAAGGAUUGGGCAAAGAUGCGGAGACUGCAGAGGACGAAGAUGUUGUUUUCGUUGUAGUGAAACCCACGCCAACGAUCGAGCUGUUAUCAAGCGAGGGUGAAGAUGACAAAACUGAAAAAUCUGAAGAGAAGAAAAAUGAAAAGCCUGAAAAAUCUGAGGAGAAAAAGAAAGAAGAUAAAAAGAAAGAUGAGAAUUGUCAAGAAGCCACAAAAAUCAAUCGACGACCAGCAAAGAAUGAAACUAUCUCAGAAAUCGUUCAUGAAAACUCGACGAACGAAAGAAUCGUCACUAUCGAUAAGUCUACGGAUGGAUCGAACAGUCUCAAAAUUGUUGUUACAAAAAGACUUUCCGAAUCGUCGAAUAGUCCGACUCUCGGUAAGAGCAGAGGGAAAAAAAUAUGCAUUGAAAAGAGUGAAAAGAGCAAUACGAAAACGAGUGAGACGGAAAAAGAUAAAAAAGCGGAGAACUCUUUAGAAUCCGUUGAAUCUCAACCAGUUGGCAAAACAAUAUUCAAAAAAAUUCGUAGAAAACAAAAUUUGAGAACGAAACAUAAAACAGUCGAAGAUUCGAGUACUGAAAAACAUUCAAAAGAAGAAUCGUCUGGAAAUCCUCCCGUUGUUGGGAGCGAGGUAGUUCCUGAUGAAAAGAAUAAGAAAAAAGACGAAAAACUGAUGGAAAUUUCAAUAGAAACGAGAAUCAAGAAAGAACUCCCAGAAAAUGAGGCGACAGAAAAACCGAGGGAUAAAAGAGGGGAAAAGAGAUUAAGGCACGUUUCAGUAGACGAUAGAUUGGACGAUUUUGAAGAAAUAAUUGAUCUCGACGAUUAUCCCGACGACAUGGAAGAAAUGGAAAACAACGAAGACGUGGCAAACAUGACGAAUGAAAAUUCUGAAAAAAUAUCACCGCCCGGACGUAAAACUGCACGAAUAGUCGAGGACACGAUUAUUUCGACUAAUGAAAAAAACUCUGAAUCGGCAGAAACGUGGGCUAGUCGUUACUAUCAAACGGACGACGUUCAAAACGUCAUUAAAGAGUCGAAAAUUCAAUCGGAAAUAAGGAAAAGAUUGAGGGAGCGUCAAAGACUUUCCAAAGUCAAUAUUUCACCGAAACUCAUUUCGCCUAGCGAUGUGGGGAGCCUCGGAACAGAAAAAUCCGAGGAAAAAAUCGAAUCAAAACCAACUGGAUCGGUCCAAGAAUAUUUAGCCUUGAAAAAUUCAGUUUCUGGCAUAAAUUCAGAAGAAGUUGAAACUAACGAUCUUGAAGAAAGCGAAAAGAGGAGAUCGGAGAAAAUUUCUAACCUCAAAAUCAAUGGGACCGAUUCAACGACGAAGGAUAUGACGGAAAAUAAUAUCACUGAUGAUAAAGUCCAUGAGCCAUCGAUUCUCCCUAAUUCUGCCACGACGGUUUGAUCAUUCAUCAAAAGCUCUGAAUUUCUCGCAGUUAAAACUCGAUAACUUUGAUUGUACGAGUGCAUGGAUUUUGGUCUCAAGUGCAACUUUAAUGUUUUUGUGCCAUCUCGAUGUGAUCCAGUUCGAGAAGGUGGAAGCGAGCCACUCAAGCGAACGUCCGAGACCUGUUAUGUUAAUGUGAAUAUCUCCAAAUCGAGUUACUUUGAUGUGGUCUAGCGUCGCGACACAUGGCUUCUGAUCGUAAUUAGCGGACACUUGGAUCGCCAGUGCAACACCGCCCACGAAUCCAGUAACGCUGCCCUUCGCUCGUAAUCCGUAUUGCACCUGGAAUAUCAAUCGUUGAAUCAGAGUGGAGUUUAAAAGAAGAGUAAUGACUGUCAAAAAAUUAGGGACUCGUGUGAAAAAUAUUUUUCACACCAACUUCAAUUCAUGAAAUUUCAAUAAAUUGACAGUCUUGAAAGAAGAAUUUUGAGUUGAAAAUUCAUGGAGCAGCUAAGGUCAUGGUCCAGGUAAGAGGAUCGAUUUGAUCAAAUUGUUCUUUCAAAUCUUAUUUCGAUAUAAUUUUGAAGAAAUAAUUUUCACCUCAAAAUGUUUGUACUCGAUUUCAACUCUAUCGAGGCCAACCUCGCAGGCGGCGGUCAGUUUCCAUCCUUUGUGAGAAACUACCGCGUCGGACCUUCUUUUUAAAGUCGUAAUAUCUCUGGAAACAUGGAAAGGAUUUACUGGCUCAAUGAAACGAAAAGCAAAUAAAAACGGAAAGUUCAUUCCACCGAAAUAAUAAA